GCGCUGUGGUGCGUCACAACAGUGGAAGCAACUGCUUGCUCUACUUUCACACAGCGCAGGAAGAUGUGUAGCUUGACAUAAAUUGUGUAAGUAUGUCAAAGUUGUCAAUGAAAGAGCAAAGUGGCUGUCGAAAACUGUUAAGAUUAUUACCCCUGGACGACUUGUUCGCCCUUAAAGAGACAGUAACGAAUCGCCUGAUCGCUGUAGAGAGCUCGCAAGAGGCCAUUGAGGCCAUCAUAACUUACUCACAAGACGCCGAGGAGCUCCUCAAGAGAAAGAAGGUGCACAGAGAUGUCAUUUUAAAGUAUCUUGGCAAUGAAGGAGUUCCCAUGCCCCCUAACAGUGAUAAACAACAGCUGAUCAGGAGGACCACUGAGUACUGGUCAUCUGGGGAGAUCUCAGAGCGUGAGAAGAACACCGUGGUUUCAGAAGAUGUUGGAGAUGGUCUGGCAGACCUUCCAGCUUUGGGAAAACAGUUUUGCCAGUGGUUCUUCACUCUUCUGAACUCCCAAAACCCCACUCAAGGGCAGCCGGCUCAAGACUGGGGUCCUCAGCAUUUCUGGCUGGAUGUGAGACUUCGGCUCCUCUCGUCUACUGGAGAGCGGCGUGUAGAUGAGUUCAACGGGGCAGAGCUGGUCAGUCAGCGGCUUCAUGCUUUUGCAGGACAAGAGGGUCUGUUGUUCUGCCCGAACUUGGAGGGUCAAGGGUUAAAGUGUAUAUCUUCAGCUCAUGGACUGGUGUUAGUGGCCAUAGCCGGUACCAUCCACCGUGAUAAUGCCUGCCUUGGGAUUUUUGAGAAAGUGUUUGGCCUCAUUCGCUCACCAAUGGACAAUAAUCGCUGGAAAAUAAAGUUUGUGAAUAUGAAAGUGGAAGCACAAAGUGCCAUCACAGACAGACAGUUACCAGUUAUUACCUACGACUCAAAAGAGUUGCUGAGCCUUUGCGACUGAUCCACACGAGGUCUGUUUGGACAUGUUUUGACUCGGGAGUGAAGCGAUGCAGUGAUGUGAUGUUUGACACAGAGACUUUGAAGCUUGUCAAAAAAACUAAAGUUUCGCAGUGAAGCACUGUACCAGAGCUCGACUCGUUUUGCCAGAACCAUGUGAUCUGUGAUGUCCGAAGCUUCGUUUUCUUUGUAUUCUGAUUCAAAUAACGUGAACCACUUGCGCAGUUUCAGGUUUAACUCACUGCUUUGAAAAGAAUAAAUCAUAAUACAAAUA